CGUCCGGGAUCGGAGACCCCCCGCCUCGGGACCGCCGACCCACUGUCAGGAGGUAAGUUGGCCGGCCACUGUCUGUCUGUAUUGUCUCAGUCUGUUUACUUGUCUUUCGUUUUCGUCGGGCGUCCUAAGUCAGGUCUGAGUCGGUGGGGGCUGAAGGAGCUGACGAGCUCAGACUUCGCCCACCGAAACCCUGGAAGACGUUCCACGGGUAUCUGAAGUCCCCUCUGGGGCACGGUUUUUCGGGGCCACCCCCGUAUCAGAAGGAUACGUGGUACUGGCAGGGGACGGAGAAUUCAAACACUCCGCGUCCCCAUCUGAGUUUUUGUUUUCGGUUUUACGCCGGAGCCGCGCAGCGCGAAAUUCUGUGGUCUGUCUUGUCUGUUUGUUUCUCGUUGUGUGUCUAACCCUUCUUUAUUUAGAGACCACCAUGGGACAGGCUAUCGCCACCCCACUGAGCCUAACCACGGACCACUGGUCCGAUGUUAAGGCCCGAGGAAACAAUGAAGGUGUCAUCAUCAGGAAGAACAAAUGGAUCACCCUCUGCGAGGCCGAAUGGGUCAUGAUGAAUGUCGGCUGGCCGCGAGAGGGAUCUUUUAACCUCUCUCUUAUUUCACAGGUGGAGGGCAAGGUUUUUGCCCCUAGCCCUUAUGGGCAUCCUGACCAGGUCCCAUAUAUCGCCAUCUGGAGAUCACUGGUCGAGAACCCAUUUCCAUGGGUUAAGCCUUUCCUUCCACAGCCCCCUCCAGUCUCUGGGCCUUCUGCGCCCCCCAACCCGGACUCCUCCCUUUACCCCGUGCUCCCUCACAAGGAGACUCCUAAGCCUCCAGUCCUUCCCCCAGACCCCCAUACCCCCCUUAUAGAUCUCCUGACGGAGGACCCACCACCAUAUCAAGCCGGACCACCUGGAGAGCCGGCCGAAGCGGCCCCAGCCGCCGCCCCGGUGGCGGCGCCCCCGGCCGUGCCCAUGGCAGAUCCGGAAGUCACCUCGACUCGCAGGACCCAAGGGGCUGAAGAAGAGGACGCAGCCCCGUCCCCCAUUGCCGGCCGCCUCCGCGGCCGCCGGGAUGACCCCCCUAAUGAGUCCAGGGCCUUCCUGCUCAGAGAGGGGCCGAAUCAUCAGUUGCAGUACUGGCCCUUUUCAGCCUCAGACCUCUAUAAUUGGAAACAACAUAAUCCCCCUUUCUCCAGGGAUCCUGUUGCCUUGACCGGCCUAAUUGAGUCCAUCCUAGUGACUCACAGGCCGACUUGGGACGACUGUCAGCAGCUCCUGCAGACCCUCUUAACAGUAGAGGAGUAGCAGAGAGUUUUCCUGGAGGCCCGGAAGCAGGUUCCAGGCGAUGACGGGAGGCCAACCCAACUCCCAAAUAUCAUCGAUGCAGCUUUUCCCUUGACCCGCCCAGACUGGGACUUCAAUACACCUGAAGGUAGGGAGCAUCUACGUCUCUAUCGCCAGUUGCUCUUAGCGGGUCUCCGAGCGGCCGCCAGAAGGCCUACCAAUUUGGCUCAGGUAAGGAAUGUGAUACAGGGAAAGGAAGAAACACCCGCUGCAUUUUUAGAGAGGCUGAAGGAGGCUUAUAGGAUGUACACUCCGUAUGAUCCAGAAGACCCAGGGCAAGCACCAGGUGUCAUCCUGUCAUUUAUCUAUCAGUCUAGCUCAGAUAUCAGAACCAAAUUGCAGCGGUUGGAAGGUUUACAGGCGCUAGGUUUGCCAGACUUAUUGAAGGAAGCAGAGAAAGUGUUCAAUAAGAGAGAAACUCCUGAGGAGCGUGAGGAAAGGAGAUGGCAGAAACAAGAGGAAAGGGACAAGAAACAGCAUAGGGAGUUGAAAAAGGUUUUGGCCGCCGUUGUGUCUCAGGGACAGCAGAGAGAGGGAGAUAGGUCGGGAGAGCGAAGGCCACCCCUUGAUAAAGAUCAAUGUGCUUACUGCAAGGAGAAGGGACACUGGGCCCGAGAGUGCCCCAAGAAACCACAAGGACCCCGCCGGCCCAAGCCCAAGACCGUGGACCUCCUUAGUCUGGAGGACUAGGGGAGUCGAGGCCAGAGCCCCCCCCCCCCCGAGCCUAGGAUAACCCUCAAGAUCGGGGGGCAGCCCGUGACCUUCCUGGUUGAUACUGGUGCCGAACAUUCAGUCCUAACCCAUGCCGGAGUGCCUCUUAGCCGGCAUUCUGCACUGGUGCAGGGGGCAACUGGAAACAAGAGGUAUUAUUGGACUGCCAAGAGAAAAGUCCAACUGGCAUCAGGGCAAGUAACUCACUCCUUUCUGCAUAUACCUGAAUGCCCCCAUCCGCUGUUAGGACGGGACCUAUUAACCAAAUUGAAGGCACAAAUCUAUUUUGAUGAGAAGGGAUCGAGGGUCAUGGGUCCUAAAGGAGACCCUCUACAAAUCCUUGCCCUCAGUUUAGAGGAGCAAUACCGUUUGUUUGAGCCAGAACCCCCGGAGAAAUCACCUGAGGAGCUACAGAACUGGCUGAGAGAGUUUCCUCAGGCCUGGGCAGAGACUGGGGGCUUGGGGCUGGCACACGAUCAGCCACCGCUGGUGAUCUCACUAAAGGCCUCCGCGACUCCCGUUUCAAUCAGACAAUACCCAAUGUCACGGGAAGCUCAUGAGGAGAUCAAGCCCCAUAUUCGAAGGCUCCUGGACCAAGGGGUGCUAAAGCCCUGCCAGUCCCCUUGGAACACCCCUCUCUUGCCUGUUAAGAAACCGGGGACAGGGGACUACAGGCCGGUCCAGGACUUGAGAGAGGUCAAUAAGCGGGUGGAGGACAUACACCCCACGGUGCCCAACCCCUAUAACCUUCUGAGCACCCUCCCACCGACCCACGUCUGGUACACUGUGCUAGACCUGAAGGAUGCCUUCUUUUGUUUAAGACUGCACCCUCAAAGUCAAAUGCUAUUCGCUUUUGAAUGGAGGGACCCAGAAAGAGGGCUCUCGGGACAAUUAACCUGGACCCAGCUCCCUCAGGGCUUCAAAAAUAGCCCAACCCUCUUUGAUGAGGCCCUACAUGCAGAUCUGGCCGGAUUCCGGGUGGAACACCCAACCCUGACUCUGCUCCAGUACGUGGAUGAUCUACUCCUGGCGGCCAGGAGUCGAACCGAGUGCCUGGAGGGCACUCGAGCCUUACUGGCCAGACUUGGACAAAAGGGCUAUAGAGCCUCAGCCAAAAAGGCUCAAGUAUGCCGAGACAAGGUUACCUACCUGGGCUACACCCUGAGCGGGGGGCAAAGAUGGUUAACAGGAGCAAGGAAGGAGACGAUAAUCUCCAUCCCCCCUCCUCGGAACCCCCGCCAAGUUCGAGAGUUCCUGGGUACGGCUGGGUACUGCCGCCUUUGGAUUCCUGGCUUUGCCGAACUGGCAGCCCCAUUAUACCCCCUCACUAAACCAGGGGCCAUGUUCCAAUGGGAGGAGAAGCAUCAGAAAGCGUUCCAACAGAUCAAGAAGGCCUUACUCGAGGCCCCGGCUCUGGGUCUGCCAGAUCUAACCAAGCCCUUUGAGCUGUUUGUGGAUGAGAACUCAGGUUUUGCCAAAGGGGUACUGGUGCAAAGACUGGGACCUUGGAGGAGACCUGUAGCAUACUUGUCCAAGAAAUUGGACCCGGUGGCUACAGGAUGGCCACCAUGCCUUCGCAUGGUGGCAGCCAUUGCCGUAUUACUCAAGGAUGCUGGGAAGCUGACUCUGGGACAGCCGUUGACUGUGCUGGCCUCCCAUGCAGUGGAGGCCUUGGUCCGACAACCACCGGACAGAUGGCUUUCUAACGCCAGAAUGACUUACUAUCAGGCCUUACUACUGGACUCAGACCGGGUAAAUUUUGGGCCGACAGUUUCCCUUAACCCUGCUACCUUGCUGCCACUGCCUAGCCCCUCCGAGGAGCAUGACUGCCUCCAGAUUCUAGCCGAAGCACAUGGCACCCGCCCUGAUCUGACAGAUCAGCCGCUUAAGGAUCCAGACGCUGUCUGGUACACAGAUGGGAGCAGUUUCCUGGAGGAGGAACGCAGAGCCGGGGCAGCUAUAACCACCGAAUCGGAAGUGGUAUGGGCAUCGUCACUCCCGCCCGGGACAUCGGCCCAGCGCGCAGAACUGAUUGCGCUCACCCAAGCUCUCCGGAUGGCAGAAGGUAAGAAGCUCACAGUUUAUACUGACAGCAGAUAUGCCUUCGCCACUGCGCAUGUCCACGGGGAAAACUACAGACGGAGAGGCCUGCUGACGUCCGCGGGUAAGGAAAUCAAAAACAAAAAAGAGAUCCUAGACCUCCUAAAGGCCCUGUUCCUCCCGCUCCAACUCAGUAUUGUCCACUGCCCAGGGCAUCAAAAGGAUGACUCUGCGAUAGCCAGAGGGAAUCGGCUGGCGGAUCUGACUGCCCGAACAGUGGCUUCCCAGCCAGCAGGGAGCAGCCAGUUGAUGGCCAUACAAGAACCACAGCCUGAGAGAGACCCCAUGCCCUAUAGCCCAGAAGACCAUGAGCUAGCAAAGAAAAUGGGGGCGGACUGGGAACAAGGAAGACAAGCAUAUAUACUAGGGGACCGGAUGGUCAUGCCAACCUCCCAUACCCGAUAUAUGCUGAGAUUCCUCCAUGCAUGACCCAUUUGAGCAAAAACAAGAUGAAGACCCUAUUGGACAGAGAAAACACCUGGGCAGUGCUGCUGAACCAGGAUCAGGUACUCCAGCAGGUAACUUCUACCUGCCCAGCCUGUGCUCAAGCCUCCACCCCAGGCCUCCAACAUGACACUGGGAGCCAAAAAAAAAAAAAAAAAAAAUCUUUGCCCCUUAAGUUGUUUGUGUCUGGUAUGGUAUUGUGGAUGCAGCAAUGCAAAGGUAACCAAACCAUAUGGACCUACACAUUCCUGACAUCAUCUGAACCUUGCCCGGUGCCCCAGGGUUCAUCUGUGCUGCAGUGUGUAGCAACACUAGUUCUUUUUCUGCCCCCAAACAAACUGCUGCUGUACCACACUUUACCAUCCAUCAACCAGCUAAUGAGCAUUUGAGUUGCUUCGACCUUCUGGUCAUUAUGAAUGGCACCUCUGAGAAUGAUACAAGUUUUCAUUUGAAUAACUAUUUCAAUUUUUUGAUAGAAAAUACAGGUGUUAAUCUUUAAUUCAAAGAAGGAAAUGACCAGCUAUCUUAAAAUCUCUAGUCAAUUCGACAAAUAUUUACAGAGAACCUAUCAGCUGCCUGAAUAGCAAACCUGGGUAACUACAAUUUGAGACAAAAAUCACCUUUUGACUUCUUUGUACAAAGUAGAAUAGCAGUAAAACUCAGACCUCUUAACACGGGGCUUAACUAUUCCUUUUACAUGUGAUAUGAAAUGAAAACUACUUGGGAGAGAGGAAGGGAACCAGAAGGCAGCAGUGGGGUAUGGACAAAUGAGGGAGGGGUACAAUUCUGAACAAAGUGUAAUGGCAUAUAGUGGUGGUAUUGUGUUCCCCAAUAUAGUGUGCAUCCUAAUAAACUUAUCUGGGGUCAGAGGACAGAA